UAGAUUAGUAGAGAGAGAGAGAACGAGAGAGAGCGAGAGAGAGAUGGGGUUCUCGUUGCAAGACAUUGUGGUGUUGCUUUUUCUCAGCGCCUUGAUGAAGGCUGAUGCGAGGGUGACGGCGGUGGACUCGGAGAGCAAGAGGACUCUUCUAGCCAAUGGGCUUGGAAUAACCCCUCCCAUGGGAUGGAACAGCUGGAAUCAUUUUAGUUGCUUCAUCAACGAGACGCUUAUCCGAGAAACUGCUGAUGCCCUGGUGUCGACUGGGCUCGCAGAGCUUGGAUAUCAGUAUGUCAAUAUAGAUGAUUGCUGGGCGGAGCAGAACCGUGACUCAGAGGGUUAUUUUGUCCCAAAGAAGUCGACCUUCCCAUCAGGUAUUAAAGCUCUUGCAGAGUAUGUUCACAGCAAGGGGCUUAAACUAGGAAUCUACUCUGAUGCAGGGUACCUAACAUGCUCCCAAAAGAUGCCCGGGUCACUUGGUUAUGAGCAGAAAGAUGCUGAUACUUUUGCAUCAUGGGGUAUUGAUUAUUUAAAGUAUGACAACUGUAAUAACGGAGGUUUGAAGCUAAUGGAGCGGUACCCCAGAAUGACUCGUGCCCUUAUGAGGACAGGCCGGCCGAUCUUUUUCUCUCUCUGUGAAUGGGGGGACAUGCACCCAGCUUUAUGGGGUGCCAAGCUUGGAAAUAGCUGGAGAACCACUAGUGACAUAAAUGAUUCAUGGGAAAGCAUGGUCUCAAGGGCUGACCAAAAUGAAGUGUAUGCUGAGUAUGCCAGGCCUGGAGGUUGGAAUGAUCCAGACAUGCUUGAAGUAGGAAACGGAGGAAUGACAAAUGAUGAGUACAUAGUACACUUCAGUAUAUGGGCUAUUUCCAAGGCUCCCCUUCUUAUUGGAUGUGAUGUACGGAAUAUGACAAGGGAGACUAUGGACAUCAUUGGAAACAAAGAAGUCAUUGCUGUGAAUCAAGAUCCUCUUGGUAUUCAAGCAAAGAAAGUAAGAAUGGAGGGAGAUCUUGAGGUUUGGGCUGGACCUCUUUCUGGAUAUAAGACAGCAAUCGUCUUGUUGAACCGAUCGCUUAAACCCAGUCCCAUUACAGCCAAUUGGGAUGAUAUAGGUAUUCCUCCGAAGACAGUUGUGGAAGCAAGAGACCUUUGGAAGCAUGAGACGCUGAAGAAGAAGUUCAUGGACAAAAUGACAGUUUCCAUAGGCCCCCAUUCAUGCAGGAUGUUUGUCCUAACGCCUCUGUCAUAAUCAGCAUCUGAAAAAUGGUGGAUCGGGUCAUAGUUUCAUUUUAAUUUAAAUUUUUUCAGUCUCUCUUUGAUAGAUGGUUUAUUGUGUUUACAUGUAAAUUGGGACUUCUCAUUGAGAUCUUAGAUGCAAUGAACUGCAUGAGUCAUCCACGGUUCCUAUGCUCGAGGCUUAACUGUGUAAUCAUGGAUACUUUCAGUUAAUGAAGGGAAGUCAGUUUGAAAGGUA